AUGUGUAUCAAGCACGUAGCCACUUUUGAGAACUGUGGCCAUGCAUCCGAGUACGUCGAGACCGAAGGAUGUUUCAGCAAGAACUGCGCGAACCCUCGCGAGCAGAAGGCAUACUACGAGACCCAGACCUGCCUCGCCUGCACCGGCGACGAGCCUCCAGGGCCUCGAUAUGACGGCCCAACGCUCUACUACAAGCAUUGCUACCUCUCCACGAUCUGCGACCACGAGUACGAGCACGCCUUCACAGACGCGGAGCGUGAUCCUACGGAAGAGGACCACGUCCUCGUCACCCCGGUCCUGUACGAGCUCUGCCCAGACUGCACGGAGAAGGGAUACGACGCCCGGCCUGGGGGCACCAACCCGCCUCCCAAGACAAUCUCAAUCAUCCCGCAAGAUUUCCGAGACCUGCAACGAUGGAAAGGGGCGGCGGUCGCCAGCGUAAGGCCUGAAGGGGCGCUCCCAGGCUAUACAACUCAUGCCCCAUCCAGCAUUCUUCGUGCAACAGGGUAUCCAUCUACUUCUCCUGACCCAACGAUCAAGGUCAGCGGGUCCGUCCUUCAUUCCCCUCGCGCCCCUACGUCCGCACCUCGCAAGACAUUCCAGUGCCCCCCUGCCGAGCCCUCUAAAGGCCCUUCCGAACCAGCCAUGACAGCAGCCAAACUGCUCGCCCGCGGACCCCCUACGCACGUCUCAGCCAGCGCCUUCUACGACACCGCCGACGGCGCCGCCGCGCGCGCAAGACUGGGAUCUGCCACAGCAAUACCCAAGGAGACGACAUCCUCUUCCACAAGACCUUACGCUCGUCAAGUUCUGCAUUCGCGAACGAUGGCGCCACUGACCGGCAGCGAGUCAUCAGGUAACUUUCGAGACGUCAUCCGCACUCGCGCAGCACGAGACUAGUAACUUUACCAGUUGGAUACCCGGGACUUCUAGCAUUACAGCAUCGAAGAAGCGGCGGUCGAGGGAGGGACGCAGGAGGGGAUCGAGUGUGACAGAGGAGUAGGUAUAUAGAUAGAUGAGUAGAUAGGAGAGCUGAGUGGUGGGACGCACGCAAGGAGGUUUGCGCAUC